UCUAUCCGUCCUCUGCUCUCUGCUGUUCCAGUCACGUUCCAGUCGUCUAAUAAUUCCCCAAAAUAAAGAAAAUUUAAAAUGAAGGGACUGUCAAUCUUGGCUCUGGUGAUCGUUGGCAUCGCCUGCGUGGUGGCCCAAGAAGACUCCAAUGACCAGGGGUCGGUGUUGGACUUUGCAGCGGACGAAACGGCCAUGGCCGACGAUAGAAACACCGGCGACCUUAUUAUCAACUGCCGGAAUUGCCACCCUCAUUGUCAUCCCAGUUGUGUGAAACCUCCUCAUCAUCAUUACAACCAUCACCAUCGUCCUUAUUCGCAUCAAUGCCCCAGCUGCCCACCCAGACCGACUUGCCCCAUUCUCACCUGCCGGCCUAUACUCCCUUGCCCCGUACCCACUUGCCCUCCUCAUCAUUGCCCACUCUGUCCUAUUUGCCCAACCAAACCAACAUGCCCAACUUGCCCUACCAAACCUCCUUGUCCUACCAAAUGCCCGACUAAACCACCCCACUGCCUCAAACCUCAUCCCACUCUGAUCGGAGUCUGCCUGGAUGUGGAUUUGGGCAUCGCUGGCAAGUAAAAAGGAGGAUGGAAGACGACCAAAACGAAUCCAGCAUGUUCCAGCGACAAUGACCAUGGCAAAUUUUAUAACGUUUACUGUAGCAGAACUAACAUUAGAUGCUUCUCUUUUUAAUUAUUCUUUUUUCUUGUUAUUAGUGUUCUGGUCUCUGUGGGUUUUUCAUGUCGGUCUAUUGGGGACUAUCUUUAGUUAACUCGAGUGUGAUGUGUUUGAUACCCUACCGAAAAGGCAAUAAAAUGACUGACGGAUAGUAAA